AUGCCGCAUGAAGACGGUGCUGCCUACUACCCGCUCGUAGCCACUGUGAGCCUGGGAGCUCCUAUCGUGCUAGAUCUGUACGAGAAAAGUGAGGACGGCGAUGGGAACGGACAUGGCCGGCGUCCGGUGUAUAGGAUUCUGCAGGAGAGACGCAGCCUGCUCGUUACCACGAAGAGUAUCUAUACCGACUUUCUGCAUGGAAUUGCAGAAACCUCCAGGGAUGAAGGGCUGGGCGCAGAAUCCAUCUGCAACUGGGAUCUGUUGAGGGAGCCAGACAGGUAUGAGUGCGGCUGCCUGGAGAGGGAGACUAGGAUAAGCUUGACUUAUCGAGACGUGCUCAAAGUUGCAAGUCUCGGGAAUACGAUGAGGUUCCUGGGCAGUCGGUGA